AUGAAUAUCACCAUUGUUAUGGGUGAAAGUGAAUUUUCUAUGGAAGUUAGCCCACAAGAGUCAAUUCUUGAAACCAAACAAAAAAUAGAAAACCUCUUAGGUGUGCCAGUGGCUUCCCAAAAUCUCUCAGUUUUUGGAUUUGAAUUAUUGGAUGGACUAUACAUCCAAGAUUAUCCUAUAAGUACUCAAGGUACAAAAAUCCGUCUAACCAUAUUCCAAAAUAGUAAUACUAUUGCAGAAACAUCCGUACAACAGAUUGAAAAUUUCCAAAUUAUUGUGAAAAUUUCAGCUAGAAAAAUCAACAUAGACAUUGACAGGACUGAAACUGUUCGAAGCCUAAAAGAAAAAAUUCACAUAGUUGAUGGGACCCCAAUAAGGAGAAUGGCUCUUUACUUUUCUGGAAAUGAAUUAAACGAUGAUUAUCGGAGUUUAAUUGAAUAUGGGGUUCAAGAAUUUUCAGAAAUAAUUGUGUUUUUAAAGACUGUGUCACGAAUGGUUACUGAUCCACCUUCAAGAGGACUGAACCUAGUGGUGCAAACUUCAUCUAGUUUGCUAAAUGCAGCAAAAAUUCCAGUGGAAAUGAGUGAUUUGGGUACUGUUAAUGAUUUGAGACAACUAUUAUUAGAUCGAACAAUUCUGCCUAUGGAUGAUUAUAUUUUCAUUCACAAACAAAGGAUUAUGAGGGAUAGUUGUAGUCUUCGUUGGCAUGGUGUUGAAAAUGGGGAUUUCGUCUAUGUUUUUAAAGGGUCUGUUAGUAGGGAAGCAUGUUGA